AUGGUCACUCUUGGCGGUCAUCUAAGGCCAAUUCGCUCCCCCUUAAUAGGGUUUACUGGUGACUCCGUUCCGACGGAAGGAAUGAUAGCUCUAACUGUGACCGUGGGUCAGCAUCCAAAGCAGUCCAGAGCUCUGGUAAAUUUCCUGGUGGUAAAGGCGCCAUCUGCCUACAAUGCGAUUCUUGGACGACCCAGCCUCAAUGCCCUCAGAGCUGUUGUUUCAACUUACCAUUUGAAAUUGAAGUUUCCCACCGACCAGGGGAUCGGAGAAGUCCGGGGAGACCAAGCACUGGCCAGGCAUUGCUACAACAUUGCCUUGCAAAGAAGCAAUCAAGCGGACCCCUGCCCGGUCGAUGGAUUGGAUACCCGCGAUGACCUUGCUGAAGAGAGGGGCAGACCAAUUGAAGAUCUAAUACCAAUCCCUCUGAAUGAUGGGAACACGGAGCAUGUG